CCGUGCAGCGCUCCGGCCCCGCGGGGCCGGGUCGGGCUUUCCCGGUGCUUUGUGCGUGCGGGGGAAGGGCCCGGGCUCCCCUUUCUUCUGCUCCUCCGUUGUCACCGCCUGGCAGGGGCGUGAGGAGCGGCCGGCCGGCCGGGAGGCGAGGCUGACACCCUCUCCGCGCGGGUCGCCGCUGAGGGACGAGGCCCCGAUUCCCAUCUCUACUAUAACUGAACAUUCCUAAAUUCGGAUGUUUUAAAUGGUCUGAUAAGAGCUUUGAAUAAUUUGACUUUUUGAAGGCCUCCAUAUUUUUUUCUGAGAAUUUGGAACAGGAUUUGGAUUCUACUUGUGCACCACCUGAAGUUAUAAUGCCAUCCUUGCCUAAUGAAGGAGAUAAUCAAGGAACCUCUCGCCUGACUUUGAGUUCAGAACUGCCUUAUCAAAGCACAAUUAAAAGAAAAGUCAGAAAGAAGAAAAAGAAUGGAGUCAUCACUGCAAAUGUUGCUGGCACAAAAUAUGAAAUUGUUCGCUUAGUAAUAGAUGAGAUGGGCUUUGUGAAGACGCGAGAUGAAGACGAAACAGCUAAUCUUAUAUGGAGUGAUUCUGCUGUGCAGCAGGACAAGAUUGCUGAGCUCAGAAACUAUCAGAGAAUCAACCACUUUCCAGGAAUGGGAGAGAUCUGUAGGAAGGAUUUCUUAGCAAGAAACAUGACCAAAAUGAUCAAGUGUCAGCCUCAGGAAUACAGUUUUAUUCCUCGAACAUGGAUCUUUCCUGCAGAAUAUACACAGUUUCAAAACUAUGUAAAGGAGCUGAAGAAGAAACGCAGACAGAAAACUUUCAUAAUCAAACCAGCUAAUGGUGCAAUGGGGCAUGGAAUCUCUCUGAUAAGAAAUGGGGAAAAAAUACAAGCUCAGGACCACUUGAUUGUCCAGGAAUACCUUGACAAACCCUUUCUUAUGGAAGGUUACAAGUUUGAUUUACGAGUGUACAUUCUGGUAACCUCCUGCGAUCCAUUAAAAAUAUUUUUAUAUCAUGAUGGACUUGUGAGAAUGGGCACAGAGAAAUACCAUCCACCCAGUGACUCAAAUUUGAGCCAACUGUAUAUGCAUCUGACCAACUACUCUGUGAAUAAACAUAAUGAGCACUUUGAACGAGAUGAAACAGAAGAUAAAGGCAGCAAACGGUCCAUAAAAUGGUUUACUGAGUUUUUAGAAACAAAUCAUCUUGAUGUUUCCAAAUUCUGGAGUGAUAUUUCAGAACUAGUGGUGAAGACUCUCAUAGUAGCUGAACCACAUGUCCUUCAUGCUUACCGCAUGUGCAGACCAGGGCAAGCUCCAGGAAGUGACAGUGUCUGCUUUGAAGUCUUGGGAUUUGAUAUUUUGCUGGACAGAAAAUUAAAACCAUGGCUCCUGGAGAUUAAUCGAGCUCCAAGCUUUGGAACAGACCAAAAAAUAGACUAUGAUGUGAAAAAAGGAGUCCUGCUAAAUGCAUUAAAGCUUCUCAACAUACGGCCAAGUGAUAAAAGAAGAAAUUUAGCUCAACAGAAAGCUGAGGCUCAAAAGAGACUUUAUGGUCAAGGCUCAAUGAAAAGACUAUCACCAGGUUCCUCUGAUUGGGAAAAACAGCGGCACACACUGGAAAGGAGAAAAGAAGAGUUGAAAGAGAGACUUGCACAAGUACGUAAACAGAUUUCCAAAGAAGAGCAUGAAAAUAGACACAUGGGGAACUACAGGCGAAUUUACCCUCCUGAUGAUAAGCUGUUACUUGAAAAAUAUGAGAGUUUGUUAGCCAUUGCUUUCCAGACAUUCUUAGCUGGGCGAGCGGCUUCACUUCAGCGAGAGAUGAAUAACCCUUUAAAAAGAAUGAAGGAAGAAGACAUUUUGGAUCUUCUGGAGCAAUGUGAACUGGAUGAUGAAAAACUCAUGGGAAAAUCCAGCAGGCAACGAGGACCCAAGCCCCUAUGUUCUAUGCCAGAAAGUGCACAAACCAUAAAAAAACACAAGAAUUAUAGCAGUGAAAGUAGCUGCGACAGCAGUAGCAACAUGUCGGAAUGGGAAGAAGAAACUGAAAAGGAAUAUCACAAUGAGAAAAAAGAAAAGAAAGUGACCUAUGAUCUUGAAGAAAAUAAGUAUAAACCCUUAGAACGAUCUGGUAGGAUACACUGGAAGCCUUCCAAUAAAAAUAUGAAAAGUCUAUCAUAUUCAGCCUCCACAUCCUCCAGAGGUCCUAUGAGGCGCUCAGUAAGCUGUCCCCGUUCAAUCUCAAUUGUAACUAUGCAGUCGCAAACUGAGCAACGUCCCUAUUCAGCCAAACCAGCAAUACACAUGCAGCGUCCAUCUUCUGGGAACAGGUCCCAUUCUUUAAAUCGGAGCUCCUCUUCAGUCCAAAUGGUUCAUCCAGCUAGCCUGGCCACUAUGCACUCUUCAGGGAGUGAGUCUUUACUACAAGAGAAAACAAAAGAGCAAGAAGAGGCACUGACAAGAGAGACUCUGUUAAUUUUCAAUGACAUGAGACUAAAGUUCCUUGGAAAAACAGAAGAAGAGGCAGAAUUAAUCAUAGAAAAUAUCAUGGAUAACUGGAAGUACCAUAAAACAAAAGUGGCAUCUUAUUGGUUGGUAAAACUGGAUGCAGUAAAGCAGCGAAAGGUUUUGGACAUAGUCAGGACAAGCGUUCGCACUGUUCUACAACGUGUCUGGAGGGUUUCGGACAUUGAAAGUUUACAGUUAUACCGUAUUUUUAACCGUGUGUUCAGUCGCUUGCUCUGGAGCCAUGGCCAAGGCCUAUGGAACUGUUUCUGUAAUUCAGGGAGCUCUUGGGAAACCAUAUUCAGUAGAAGCACAGAGGUGGUGACUCCUGAGCAACUCCAGUGUUGUCAACGAAUAGUGCAGCUUUGUAAACACUGCCUGCUAGUGGUGUACAAGUAUUCAACAGAUUCAAGAGGAUCUGUGACUGGAUUUAUCCCCAGUUGGGAUGAUACCAGGUAUUUACUGCCAGGACCUUCACAGUUCAUCAUGAAAGCGCCAUCCUCCAACUUUAGCUGCAGUUCAUCUGGAAUGUCUCGCUCUAACGUUCUGUUUACACCCAGAUAUAACCACUUGUGAAAUGAAGAGAAAGUUGCCAUGCUUUUACUGGCAUUCCAUUUUUUUGCCAAUAUAAAUUUGUGAUGGUGCUAAACAUAAGCACUCAUAUAUUUACUAUAGUAUAUAAGACAACAGUUAGCUGAAAACCUACUGUUAAAGCUUAACCUUUCUGGAAAUGUAAUAAACCUUAUUAAGUUGUUUACACAAAUAUGUGAAUGUCUAGAUCUUGCUAGGUUUAUAAGUAACUCCUUCCUACUAGAAAUGUUAUUUUUGCUGCAGAAUAUAUAAAAUGAAAUUGAUCUUGGAGAUCCUAUUACAGUGUUAGAUUAUUUUAUAGGUAUAGUAUCUUUGGACUUAAAAUAUUAUUUAUUGUAACGACUACUGUUUAUUCUCUCAUAGACACAUUGAUCCUUUAUCAAGAUAGACUAUAAAAAGCCUGCUGUAGAACAGUAAAACAGAUGAAGCCAGUAAAUAUAAAUAGUCUGAUAAUUUCUGUAGUACAUUUAAAAAAAAACUGUAAAAAAUGGUUCAAGUAUGCAAACAUCUUUUUAUUUCCCUAUAAAAUUCACAAUUUCAGCAAUGAUGAUGCUUUGCAGGAAGGACAUGGUAAAGUAUCUUUUAGCCUAAGUGAAGACAAUCCAGCGUGCACACAUUUAAAAAUAUCAACUGUGGCAUAUAGAAUCUAGUUGGAUCCUUGUAAUAAAUCAGAGAGCAAGGGUGGUUAUCAGAUACUCCUUCAUGCUAUUUGUGUCUUGUGUCUUUCAGUUUCAUUUGAGACCAAGCAAUCAUCUCCAACUCAUAAAAGAGCCGUGCAUAUAUCUGCUACGCAAGUGAUAAAGCAGAUAUGUUUUCAGAAGCACUGCAGUGCCAUCUAAACCUUCCAAGUAUUUUGGUUUCCUUUUAUUUUUUUGAGAGUUCCACUAUAUAUUGCAGAGCAUGUCCUCUAACAGAUAGUACUUUCUAGGCAUAUUGAAACCGUAAGAAAAUAGCUGGAAAUGUCAUAAAUUAGAUUUCUGUUGUUCAGAGUCAGCAUUCCAGGCCUAGCUGUAUGAAACAAUAAGAGCCUGAUGUAGUUAUAAGUGAGAUCCUGAAAGUACAAUUGAUCAGAGUUUCUUGAUAUCCAUGUUUGUCCCAUUUUGCAACACCUUAUUUGGGCCCAAUCUAUAUAUAGAUAAAUAUAGUCAGGUAGCAUAUACCAUAUAUGUAGUAGAUAAUGAAUUAACCCAGUUUAUAUUCAUUAACUACCAGAUCAGUUCCUGUUACCAGCCAAAUGUCUUUUCACUUGUUGAUGAACAUGACCAUAUUUAUUUUUCCCCCUAGUUCUCAAUAUUUUUAUUUUUAAUAAAAAGGUGGAGUCCAUCCCUCAGAUGUCAGAGGGUACAGGCCUUUCUCUGAGAGAAUUUUUUUAAACUUUGUGCAUUGCCUACCAAAUAGGGAAUUUUGGUAUCUUUGCUUUUGUCUGCCCAAGCUAUAUAGCUGCAAGAUGACUAUUCCCUAGAUAUGUCUGAAAAAAAUGUACUGUGCUUUUAAAGUUUGACUGCAGUGUUGAUCACAUGUAGACAGUUUUGCUAGUCUGGCAGAAUCCUUUCCCCUCCCAUGUUAAUACUGGUUUAGUCAUACAUGAUCUCAUCAGUUCACUUGAUGUAUCUCCUUGUACUAUACAAUGAUGACUGCUGAUAAGUCAAUUACAUAUGAUUACCUGUAAGACCUAAUAAAAUCCUUCCCUUCUGGAAUUGCAGUGGUCUCUGCAAUAUACUGCUUUUGGUCAUGUGGGAAAGAUAGCUUCUAACUUUGGACUGUUGCCACAGGUUGGAGCUGUUUUUGAAUCAGUAUCCUCAAGAGCCGAGGUGGAGACCAUGGCAGUCUCUUUAGCUUACUCUGCCAGCAGUAGGGCAUUAAGUAUGGCUGUACAGUGUUGGAUAGACAUAAAAUCUCCGUUAUCUGGCAUGAGUGCGGAAUGCCAGGUGCCAGUAAUGUAAAAAUGCUGGUUAUCUAAAAAUACCAGAGCCAGAGGGGGGAGGCUUGCAUGCAGCGGUGGUGACGGCGCAGGGUGGUGGAUGGUGGUAGCACAGAGGGGUUGCACACAGCUUGCAUGCAGCAGCAGCAUGGGGCAGUGGAUGGUGGCAGCAGUGGUUGCACGUGGCGGCACGGAGUGGUGGGUGGGGGCGGCACAGUGCUGGUUAAUAGAGUAUGCCGGCUAGUAGAAUGCCAGAAAACUGGGAUUUUACUGUACAUAAAAAUAUCCUGGAUACAUUGAAGAUGUAUCUACUGAUUUGUUUAAAGUUUUCAAAAUCUGGUUUAGUUUCUAGCUGAUUGUGGUUUCAUUUGUUCAUGUUUCUGAUGAGCUGUGUUGGCACACUUAUAGGUAUUUUAAUAAUUAUGAAACUAGUGUGGCAGAGAAAUAAUUCUAAAUACCUUUCACCUCUUCAGAAGGUAUAGAUAUACCUACAUGGCUCUGUACCUAAAACGGUAAUAGGCAACAGUUAAAAUCCUGGCUCCAUAUGGUAGCAUAACUAGGACCCAUACACUCCUUAAUGAAAUGCUCCCUACCCUCUGACAGGACCUAACAUGUAUUUCCAAACUGUACUACAGUCUUGAACGUGAACUGAGGGAUGAAAGCCAUUGUUGUAUUGUGGAUGGACCUCAUAUGUAGAACAAUUGAUUGCAUUAAGGCUAGUUACUUAUACGUUACAACAUAUACAACAUUCCAAGUGAUAAGUGAGAUAGGAAAGCAAAUUUCUCUAGUCAUAGUAUACAAUAUGUGUGUUUUUAGAUUAACACAGUAUUUCUAAGGCUGUGGGAUGCCUCCCCCCACUGCCAUCCCAUCUCUGUGGAGGUUUGAGAACAAGGGCACUGAAGGCAGCUGUAACUGCAUGAGCCUGGAUCUAUCCUGACCCCACAGGGCAUCUCUGAGAGGAUACUAACAGCUGCCCCAAUACAGAGACUGCUCUAUCUUCCUUCUUUUAAGGUAAAGCUAUUAAUUUGACUCAGUCCAAUUGCAUAAGGAGAAGAGGCAGUAAUCAUUAUAAACUAUGAAUCUUAUUUUUGCAAAGUCCUGUUUGCAGCCACGUAUCCUGAAAAGUGAGGGAGAGAUUAUUAUCCUGCUUUUAAAUCUUGAGUAAAAGCUAGUACCUAGAUAAAAUUUGACUUUUUACAUGAAAUUUGGGUUUAGCAUUAAAGAAUGAUUUUAUUGUUAGAGCAUAUUGGAAACUUGCCUCGGGUCCUUUAAGGUAGGGAGAAGCUGAUGGUGACCAGUGAGGGGCUGACUGUGGAGGCCUCCCAGGCACGUUUCCAGACUUCAGGAUGGUGUUUCCACCACUUACAUAGUUGGUGUUCUUCACAGAUGUUUGCUUGUGCUUUUAUACAGAGCUGCAGCUUACCUGGUAACAAAAGCUUUUUUUUUUUAACUAUAGCUGCAGCAGCAUUGUGCAGUACGUGGGUUAGGAGGUGGUGGGAUUUCUGCCUCUUCUGGCAUCACAAAAGAUGCCUGUGUCAGGGCUGCAGUGAUCUGCCCUCCCUUUGAAAGUAAAAGUAAUGGCCAGAAAACUGAUAACAAAUCAGCACACUGAAUGGAUUUUUAGUUUGGUAGGAGAGCAGAUGUUUUAAAAGAGCCUGAAAUAGUGUCGGUCUAUUCACAUUUAGGUGUAUAGAUGCGUGUAUAUGCUGCCUCCUUAACUGAAAGCACUUGCAGCUCUCAGGUGACUGGAGCUCAGGUGCUUGGGGGCAGACUCUCCACAUGCAGUCCAUUCUCACUGUGGUCAAACAUAGUCACUUGUGCACCCUAGGCUUCGCUGAAGGACUGUUUCUGAAAAGAUCUGUCAAAUAUUGGAACUAAUCUGGAAACUGGGUUCCACUCUCUUCUACUGAGUUGUCAUACUGCGCUAGUGUAAAAAAUUAUUUCACUCUAAGGCAAGACGGACACCUGUAGGGCUACAAUUCAGAAAGACCAAUUGCACAAACUUAAAAAGAUUUCUCACUUUAUUUGUGGUGAGAAGCAAUUCUUACCCUGUGAACAUUUAGCCUGAUGGCACCUGCUCUUGCAGCCUUUACAGGGGAAAAAUUUCCACUGAAGUCUGUGGGAGUUUUGUUUUGCUCAGAUUGCAAAAUUGGCUUCCUGACUGAAAAAGGGUGCUGUUUUCCUUCACAGAAAGCUGCUGGUACAGAUCUGUUAUUCAUUUGAGUGUUCUAAAUAACGCACUAUGUGAUGCAUGCCCAGUAAUAUUUUUCCUCUUACAAGAAAGUACAUACAAAACUGCUUCUAUAAUUCUUGGUAACAAGCUUAGGAGGCCAAAUGCAAAGGCAGAAGAUACUAUUUUUAAAUUACUACUUUGUCUAGGUAAUGUUAAAAAAGAAACAUCACUCACUGCACCUAAUAAUGAUACCCACUUGGUGGACUUUGGCCUUAGGGAUAAUGUUCUGUCUGGAAAGGAAUUUCUAGUCUUCAUUAUAGGAAAAUUAUAGUCUCUACUAUGGCAGUUACUUUUCUGUCUAGGAAAAUCUACUGUUGGAAUCUGAUGAAUGAGUUUAUCUGAAUGAUUUCUUAGUUGGGCUAGGACUGGGAUAAGUUCCUUUUUAAACAGCAAGGUCUAUAUUGAAUGUACAUUUUAUGUUUCUAUCUUUUAUAUCUAAAGACUGAAAUAUUGGCACUUAGAUACCAUUUAAUGUUGGUGUUAGCAAAUAUUCACCUUUGCUACUGAAUUUUGCAUGAAGUAUUGAGAAUUUAUUCCCAUUUUCAGAUAAAGUUCAUUUCUGGAUAAGAGCUGUAUUCGUGGGAAUAUUUUUCACUUUCACAUUUGCUAAUGUUUUUAUUGUAGCUGUUCUAUGAGACUAUUUUCACGCCAGAAUUGCUUUACACCAAAGUUCUUGUUUGUGAGCCAACCUUUUUGGCAGGAGUGCUAUAAAUUAGCCUUGUAGACUUUUUGAGUGCUGUUCGAAUCCCCUUCCCCUGCCCAGUCUACUACACUUUCUGCUCCCUGCCCUGUGCUCCCUACAUACUCUGUUUCUCUGAUUUCUGCUCCCUGCCCUAUCUGCUACCGUGCUGCCUAUCCCACGACACUUGUGCCACUACUGCUGCAGGUUGGCCCUCCUGGUGUAGGAGUCACUCUGUAUCUAGUCUUUCUACCAUUUAACUCCACUGUAAGCUCCCAAAAUAAGGCUUUUAUUGAGACCUAACAGGAGCAUAUGCUGAACUUUGGCCUCAGCUCAGGGUUGAAUUUCACUAUAGUUAAAUAUAAGCAGGUGAUUACAGGUGAAUGUCCCUGAAACUUAAAGAGUUUGGCCUUUCUGUCUUGUAGCCAGAUGCUGUAAUUAAAUACCUAUCAUGGUAAGUGAUGCCAUUGGGAGAUGCAGGUAUUCAUCAACCUUAGGAAGGAGUGUAUUGAAAUCUGUAUUGCUUUCACUGUUUCCUUCACCGAAGGGCAGGACCAGGCUCUACUUGUGAGGUGGUGUAACUGGUGGUUCUUCAUGCACUGGUCUUACAUGUAGAGCAAAAAGGCGAUGUUCUCUGAAGAGAAUUUUUAAAUCAUUGCUAAUGUUUGUAUUAAUUUUUAAUGAAAGGGUUUGACAGAGUGGUAUCAGGGCUUAUCUAAUACCCGCUCACAUAGUUACAGUCCCUAUAGAGCAGCCCGGGCUCACUGCUCACAAAGGGUACAUUCCACUGAGCAAGAGAGCGCCACCCUUCAGACUCCAGGUUCUUUAGAGCAAGGACUGUCCUUUACUCUAAUUUUAUACAGCACCUGAUACAAAUAGUCCUCCAUCCUUUUAAGGCCUGGACUUGUUAUCAUGGCAUGUGCGAUAAAUAAUAACAAUCUAAACUAGUUUGUAAAGCGCUUUAGAUAUUCUUGAGUAUUUCUAACCUGCUUCCAGCUGUGUAGAACAAAACACCAUACGUUGUUGAUGAAAUAGACUCUGAUAGAUCCCAGAGUGAUUAGUCUGUGUUCUACAGCAGCUUAUGCCUGCACAAUAGUCUGUUACCCCAAAAUCUUAGCCCUGUUAAGAGUUAGACUAAGAGCUGCCAUUGUGAAGAGGUGGAGACAUGUGGGCAAGUGACACGCACCUGCUUUCUCCUCUGUUGUGCAUUAGUCAAACAGCUGGGUACAAGAGAAGACAUAGGCAGGAGAGGCACUUGUAGACCAGCCAGGCCCAAUUUUAAUAGGUGCUGAGCACCCUCAACUUUCAUUCCCUAUCAGAAACAGCAUUGUGCUUGCAGUCAAAACCUGUUACAUCUACAUGUAUACUAUAACACAAAACUGAAAAUGCAAGUGGCAUUCAUUUAUGCUCAACAUUAGACCCUCAUAUCCACCAGCCCGUACAAUGUUUUUAAAACUAGCUUGGUAUCUGUACUGCACUGAGCAGCACAGGUGAGCAGUGGGCACUUCUGGAAGGAAACCCCACAGGGGAAUAUAAUUUUCCUCUGCCCCCAGCUGCUGUCCUCCCUAUCAACCUUGUUUACUUCCGUUAGUCAGGCAGCAGCAGAGUGGCAUUCUGCAGUGCUGGAUGAUUUGAAGGCUCAUUUUUGCUGCCUCCUCUGGGCUUUCUAUUGUGCAGAGGAGUAAAUUCUUGUCUGAAAUUGGGAUUAGAACCUUGCGCUCUCUUGCAUUCUGAUCCUGAGAACGACAGUGCCUGACGCAAAGGGUGCAGUUGCACGUUACACUUAGACCAUACUAAGGGCAUUUAAAAUGAAAGUAUUUACAUGUUAAAACCUGUUUAACUCUUGCGAAGUGCCCCCCCUGAGCGUCUCAAAGUUAUACCACUUUAGAUGAAGGUUAACUCUGGGCCAUGCUGACAAGCUCAUGUUAGGGUAACUUCAGUCUGCUCCACAGAAAUUUUCAGUUCUUGAGUAUCCCAGGGUGCACAGCAACACCCUACUCCCCUCUUCCCAAAAAGCAGGGACAGAGCCCAGGUGUUACAGCUCCUAGCCAUGCCCCUCAAUGGUAAGUAAGAGCUGUGCAGGCAAGAAACAGUAUUAACUAAAGCCGUGCAAAACUUUGGGUGCUUAUUCAAUUUGGAGCAAAUUCAGCCCAAUUUGGUGGCCAAAUCUCUGAAUCCAAAUUGAACGAGGAGACCAAUUAAAAGGUCUGAAUCAACUCAUAGCUGUCUGAAUCAAUUCGGAAAAGAUUUGGAGAGCUUCAGCGAUUUGGGCAGUCUUCACUCGCAGCCACAGGGAGCUGGACCUGGACGCCAUGCAGGUAAGUAGGGGGCGGGGGAGGGGAGGCUGGACGAGGGGGAGAGGACCAUGGGGGACUCUUGCCAGGCCCCAUCCCGUGCCUGCUCCCCCAGCCUACCUGAGCGCCCCCUGACCCCUGCCCGCUCUCCCAGCCCCCCCCCCCCCGGCUCCACCCCUGGCCCCAGCUCCUGACUCCUUUAAAAAAAGCCCCCAGUCACCGACUGCUGCCAGGUGGGGCGGGGGGGGGGUGAUCCCUGCUGUCCCACACUGCCCUACACAGCAUGGGACGUUCUAUCACAACCCUCCCGACCCCCACCUACUCUCCCAGGCUCCCCCAUGGCUGCCUGCCCAUCCCAGCUCCCAGCUGUUAAAAACAAAACAAAAAACAAAUCCUGGACUCGCCGACUGCUGCAGCAGCCUUUGGACUUCUGCGGGCUGGUGACAGAACCUCCCAUGCAGCACGGGGCAGCAGAGAUCGCUCCCCACCUGCCAGGAGCCAGUGAGUGGGGGCUUUUUUUUUAAAGGGCCGGGAUCUGGGAGAGCAGGCAAGGCAGCCAUGCGGGGCUGAGAGAGAAGGUGGGGAUCAGGGGGCUUGUGGCAGAGCCCCCUACAUUGUGGGGAGCAGUGGGGAUCACCCCCCCACCUGGCAGCAGCUGCUGAGUGGGGUUUUUGUUGUUGUUGUUGUUUUUUUUUAAGAGCCGGGAGCUGGGAGAGUGGGCGGGGGCAGUCAUUGAGAACAGGCAGGGGAUGGGGGCGAUUCGGAGAUUCGGCCAAUUUAGCGGUAGACGAAUCUCCAAAUCAGAUUUGGCCGAAUCGAUUCAGAACAGUGAUUCGAAUAACGGAAUCAAAUCACUGUCCCCUGAAUCAGAUGAAUCUGAAUCCAAAGUGAAAACUAGUUGCUUUGCACAGGCCUAGUAUUAACCCUGAGUGUAUGGCUGCUCACAGCACAUUCUAACUUUAACACUGCUUAACUUUCUGCAGAUUUAGUGUGGUCUGUGUAACGUAACUUCACCCCAAAAUCUUAACUAAUAAAAUGUAGGGAAGUUGACCAAAGCAUCCUAUGAUUUAAGUUGUUAGAUAGCUACCAGUUUCCACAUUUUCUAAAGCAGUCUACAACCAAAGACCCCUAGAAAGUUUACAUUUGCAUCUGAAAAUAUGACCUGGUGAAGCUCACAAUAAUUUAGUACCAGUGUUGGUAUUAUAUGCCUGGUUACAUGUCAUCCUUGGGAUUGGUGGCUACAUGUUUCAUAAGUGGGAAUGCCAGCAGCAGUGCUGUAUCCUAAAAUACUGUAUUUGGGUAACAUGCACCAUAGUCUUUGUAUGGCAUGUGCCAAGUUUGGAGUUGCACAGGUAUUUCCACUCUCACCAGCUGCUCUUCCAGCAUACCUCAAACCCUCCCUUCAUCUUGAAAGCAUGACCCUAUGAAAAAAAGCAAGUUCAUGCCAGUGCAACUUCCUCCUCCUUUCCUCAGCUUUGUUUAUACUUCUGGUAGCUAUGCCCUUAACUCCACUGGUAUGCUACUGAAAGUUUGGCCAUGGCCCUAAGUGUCUGUGCUCUGUACAAGCACAGGCGAGCCCUGAUGGUAACUGUGUAUUUUUGAGCAAACAUUAUAAAAUACUAACGUUCUUUAUACCUACAUAUUAACAGGCUACAGGCAUUUUAUUUGUUCAAGGCAUUAAAAUUUUCAGAAUAUUUUGGCUAUUUAGUAUGAUAUAGGACAAGACAGAUAGCACUAAAUUUUCUUUACUGAAGUAUAAAUAUUUGCAGAUAUUGUUUCUCAGCCUGGUCAGUGUAUGCUAGCAUUUUGCACAUGCUGUAACUUCCUAAUAUUAACUGGUUUGUUGCAAAUUUGUAUUUGAGGAUAAGGAUAAUAGCAAUGAGUUUGUUAAUAUGAAUCAGUAUUCAGACUAUUCCCAUGUGCUUUCCUGUCUGUAUUUUUAAUGCAAAUAUUGUUGCAGAGAAUAUGCUUGAAAUGUCAACACAAUAUGUAAUUAACAUAGUUUGUCAUGCCCCUGCAUGUGAUAUAUGUAUAGGCAGCUUAUUUCAGUUACUCAGAUAUGUAUUAUAAUAAUAAUGAAAAAACUUGGUUAACAUUAGAAAGCGGUGAUAUGUAAUCAGACAUUUUGUUUUACAAACACAUUGUUUUAGCAGUGGAAAAAGCUUGGCUCCCAAUUAAGCUUUCAGGAUGAUGGGAUAUAUUUCACAGUAAUUUUCUUCUUCUAUACUGACUGCAACAACACUAUAGGGAUAACUUUACUGGCUAUUAAAGUCAAGUCAAGUAAAUAAAAUUGGUAUACACUUUUGUUUUAGUUGGGUGUAAUAUAACCUGUUCUAAAAUUCUAAAAGGACAGUUGUAUAUCUUUUUUUUGUAUCAAGGAUUAUAGCAACACCCAGUAGUGCUAAUAUAGCUAAGGUUGUGUCAGCAUUUCUAUUAUUUAGGAGUUUUUAACUUACCUAGGUUGCAGUUUAGCACACAAGAUCCAAUAGGAAGUACAAUACUUCUACUGUAAUCAUUUAAACAACAAUAAAAUUGAGUAUUCUUAAGUUA